AUGGAGAAAUCGACGGAGAAGAGCGUAAGCUCCGUUGCUUCUGGAAACUCAAUCAACUCGAAGCUGAGGUAUCCUCUCAGAUCUGCUCUCAAACCUCCCGUUCCUGAUUUCUCAGGCGGCGCCUCUUCAGCUCCCAGAAGGGGAAGAGUAGCGUCUGUUGUUAGUCAAAGUACUACGGUUCUUGAUUUGUCUGCUAAGAAGAGUGUUGAACGCGCCAAGUUGCCGCCGAGGAGAAUGUCGAUUCCUAACAAGGCCUCAAGCAACUCUUCUGUUAGUAGGUCUGUGAGUAGCAGCGUUACUUCUUUGUCUGAGAGCAAGGGGAAGAGACCUGGAGGGAAUGUGAGAAGGAGCUUGAAGGAAGAAAUGCCUGUGUCUAGUGUGAUGAGAUCAGGGGCGAGAAGAAAAGUUGUUGAGGAUUUGACUUCCUGUAGUUAUUGGAUGGCUCAUAUCAAGCUUGCUGAAUCAGUGGGGAAACAUUCGAUCUCUCUUGGUUUUUUUAAACUUGCUCUUCAUGCAGGGUGUGAGCCACUUGAGAAGAUGAGAGAGGAGUUGAAAUCGUAUGUUGCUCGGAACAACAUGGAUGGGCUUGCUGAUGCUGUGAAGGAACUAUCUGAACUGUACUGUAUCGUAGAAGAAGCCAAGCAGACAGAGAAGAUCUCAGAUACCACUUCUGUAGCGGCUGAAGAAGCAACUGAUGAUAAUGUUCAGAGUUCACUCUACACUCUUUUAGAUUCGAAGAUGACAUCAGAGAUCAUGAAAGAGGAUGUUGUUUCGCAAGACUCAGCUGUCAUAGAAGAAGCCAAGGAGGAGGAGGUUUCAGAAAGCAUCCCGCAAGAAAGAACUAGAAAGUCUUUGGAUGUAAUCAAUGUGAACCAAGCGGAUGUUCCAGAGGCUGUUCAAGGAUCAGAAGAUGGAGUUCCAGUGGUGACUGUUGCUCAGCCUUCAGAGAAGAAACGUGCAAAUAAGAAGGAGAGUGUUUCUAAGAACACCCUUCCCGUGAAGACAAAGAAAGCAGUAGCGACCAACUCUGUCAAUCCAAAAGCAGUUCCAGAAAACAAGGACAAUAAGCCUCAGAAGAAAGUUCAGGAAAGGAUCACUAAGCCAAGGACUAAGAAAGUUCAAGAAGAGACAAAAAAGUCCACCAAGAAACCUGCUGCUAAAGAAGGUAAAUAA